CACUAUUUGCUACCUACUACUGCUACUAGAAGCAAGGUUUAUUUCUUUCAUACAUCUUGGUGCAAUUUCGGCAUUUAAACAUUAUAAUUGGAUUGGUUGGCAAGAAUUUCUAAACAGCAAAUUAAUAUUUUAAGCAGUAUUUUGUCAACUGAGUCUAUUGCAAUAAUUCGCCUGUAAUGCCUGCGAUGCAUAGGUUAUCAAAGAUAUUCCAACCGGUCUUGGUGGUGCCGAAAAAUGCCGUUAUCAAGCAUCAGGAUGUUACAUCGAAAAGUCAACGGCUGAUGGUCGAACAGGGACUAAUCCGACAGGCAGGUAAUGGCACAUUCUACAUCCUUCCAAUGCUGCAAAGAUCGCUCCAGAAGACGAUUGCACUAGUGGAUUCUCAUAUGCAGCGGUAUGCGGAAGCGGAGAAACUUACACUGCCAACGCUGAUGUCCGCCGAUCUUUGGCGCAAAAGUGGACGGCUCGAUUCGGCUGGGCCAGAACUUAUGAAAACGAUCGAUCGUCACGAAAAGGUGCAAAUCUUGGGACCGACUCAUGAGGAAAGCGUCACCGCACUGCUUGCUGCUAUUUCACCGGUGUCCUAUCGUCAAUUUCCGUUACGCGUGUAUCAAAUAACAACGAAGUUUAGAGACGAAAUGAAACCUCGCUUCGGGUUGAUGCGGGCGAAAGAAUUUUUGAUGAAAGAUAUGUACACGUUUGACGUUGGCACAAAGGAAGCGCAUGAAACUUAUGAGCUGGUUAACGAAGCUUAUCGGAGAUUUUUCGAUGCUUUGGGAGUGCCUUAUGUGAAGGUAAGUGGUGAUUCUGGACUUAUGGGCGGUUCCAUUUCGCACGAGUAUCAUUUUCUCAGCGAAGUUGGGGAAGAUCAGUUGGUACAUUGUAAUGCUUGUGGAAUGAGUUUCAAUCAGGAAAAACUUACUUCCAAAAGUAAAUGUGAACAGUGCCAUAGUGAAAGCAUAGCCAGGCAAACUGGUAUUGAGAUAGCCCAUGCAUUUAUUUUAGAGGACAAGUAUAGCAAAGCUUUGGGAGCAAAGUACUUGAAUCAAACCGGUAAACCGGCAGUUCUUCAGAUGGGUUGCUAUGGGAUUGGAAUUACUCGGUUGAUCGCAGCAAGCAUUGAGGUAUUGUCCAGCGAACAAGACAUACGUUGGCCGCUUCCGAUAGCUCCAUUUAAAGUUUGUCUAAUUCCUCCGAAAAAGGGAAGUAAGGAAGAGCCGGGCGCUGGACCGUGGUUAGAAAAGAUGCUAGAUGAAAUGGACCGGUUACCUGCGCUCCGAUCGGACGUAGUUGUAGAUGAUCGAACCAGUUUGACCAUUGGUAAAAGACUGAUGGAUGCUCGAAAAACUGGGUUUCCGGUUGUUGUUGUUAUUAGUUCUAAGGCCACUAAUGUAGGGAAUGAAUUGUUCGAGGUAUUCAAUAUGCAGCAGGGAACUCAGGUUGUUUUAGGAUUUAAUGAGACGUUAUCGGAAGUUAAAAGGAUUUGUGAUAGUCAUACUUAA